AGGAGGAGGAGGGCAGAGAGCUGAAAACCUGUAAUUCAGGGAGAAACUUCACUUGCUGAAAUCACAGUCAGAUUCCACUCUGACCCUGACCCUCAUCAGCGAGCAGAGACAUUCAGGAUCCAGCGGAGAAGCUGUAAAGUUGGAAAUCAAAGUGGCAUCGAUGGAAAAUUUGUUAUAUGCAUACUGAGAAUUAAAAUCAAUAAUUAUUAGAAGUAGAGUAACUUUAAAUUAAACUAUGAAUGGGCUCUGCAAGACUUCAUCUGUGGACCUCCAUGGCAAAAAAACAAUAGAUAUAGCAUGGAAAUCCAGAAUACAUACCUUCGUACAGAAUCCACUGCUAUGGAGGAAAAUCAGCAGACAGGAAACAAAUGAAGCAAACCUAUUGGGAGAAUCUCUGGAGACGGUUCUUUCCAGGAAAAGUGGGCAAAUAGCAUUUCGGGAAUUUUUGAAGUUGGAGUUCUGCGAGGAAAGCCUGGACUUCUGGCUUGCCUGUCAAGAGUUCAAAACUUUUGACAGUCCAGAGGAACGAACACAGCGAGCAGCGAGUAUUUAUGAAGAGUUUAUCAAGGCCGAUUCUCCCAAACAGGUAAACUUGGAUUUCUACACAAGAGAAAUUAUCAGCCAGAGUCUUCAGCAACCGAGUUCAUCAUGUUUUACUGUGGCUCAGAAGAAAAUCUACAGCCUGAUGGAGAACGGCUCCUUCCCACGCUUCAUUCAGUCGGAGCACUACAAAGUCCUUUUUGAUGCAGCCUCUAAGCAGAGAGGCCUUGGGAAGCACCGUCAGGCCGUGAGGAUAAAAAGCACUUGAGGCGUAAUACAGCAUGAUUCUGAAACGGUCAAGCCUGUAGCCUGACCUCUGCUUCUUGCACAAGGACUGACAUCCUGCAGGUUGUUGAGAUGGUGUGAAAUGUUGCACAGACAGCCUGACGUAGUGCUGUUGACAGACAAUGUGCACGCACUUCCUCUCCUCUCAAAAUAUCACAACAACGCAAUGUUUGGCAAGACUGAAAGCUGUGAUGGUGAAAUGCUUAGAAGAUACUGCAGAUGAGGCCGUCUGAUGCACAGUGAACAAUGGACCUCACCUGCAGUAAAACUGUGGUUCUUAUUACUGUGAUGGUUCUGACUGACACUACCAGUGUCUUGAAUGUGAACUUGAAUAUUCAUGGACAGAAGGACUGUUUUGUGCCCUUAAACAAUAUUAUCAUAUGUGCACCAUGAAAUUUUGGGAUACUACAGACUUCAUUCCGCAGUAAAUUCAUUGAAAUUGUUCAAUUGUUUGCAAGAAAGAUCAUCAGUGUCUUCACUGGUGUGAUAAAAGUGCAUCCUGUGUCUUUACAGUUGUGGUGCUAUUGCCACCCAGUGGUGCCUGUGAAGCCUUACAUGCAAAAUUACAUUUUGAUGUCCUGCUUUGAAGAGUUGCAGAAAAUACUCACCAAAACACAUGAUCAAAAUGUAACCAGUGAAACUGAAUGAGCAGAGGUUUUAUUUCAAUUGUAGCUUAUUGGCUAUCAAGUGGAAAUAAACGAUCAUAUAUUUCAUCA